AUGGAAUCUACAUAUCAGUAUUCAUGGAUUAUACCUUUUAUUCCACUUCCAGUUCCGAUAUUAAUCGGAGUAGGACUCCUACUAUUUCCAACGGCAACAAAAAAUUUGCGCCGUAUGUGGGUUUUUCCUAGUGUUUUAUUGUUAAGUAUAGUUAUGGUUUUUUCAAUCUAUCUAUCUAUUCAACAAAUAAAUAACCCUUCUAUUUAUCUAUCUAUAUGGUCUUGGACUAUAAAUAAUGACUUUUCGUUAGAAGUUGGAUAUUUGGUUGACCCGCUUACUUCUAUUAUGUUAAUCUUAAUUACGACUGUUGGAAUUAUGGUUCUUAUUUAUAGUGACAAUUAUAUGUCUCAUGAUCAGGGAUAUUUGAGAUUUUUUGCUUAUAUGAGUUUUUUCAAUACUUCAAUGGUGGGAUUAGUUACUAGUUCGAAUAUGAUACAAAUUUAUUUUUUUUGGGAAUUGGUUGGAAUGUGUUCGUAUUUAUUAAUAGGUUUUUGGUUCACACGACCUACUGCGGCGAAUGCUUGUCAAAAAGCGUUUAUAACUAAUCGCGUGGGGGAUUUUGGUUUAUUAUUAGGAAUUUUAGGUUUUUAUUGGAUAACGGGAAGUUUAGAAUUUCGGGAUUUGUUUCAAAUAUUCAAUGACUUGGUUUCUAAUAAUCAAGUAAAUUUUUUAUUUGUUACUUUGUGUGCCUUUCUAUUAUUUUCUGGUGCAAUUGCUAAAUCUGCCCAAUUUCCUCUUCAUGUAUGGUUACCUGAUGCUAUGGAAGGACCCACCCCUAUCUCAGCUCUUAUACAUGCAGCUACUAUGGUCGCAGCCGGAAUUUUUCUUGUAGCUCGGCUACUUCCGCUUUUCAUAGUUAUACCUUACAUAAUGAAUAUAAUAGCUUUGAUAGGUAUAAUAACAUUAUUUUUCGGCGCUACUUUAGCUCUUGCUCAAAAAGAUAUUAAGAGAGGUUUAGCGUAUUCUACAAUGUCUCAAUUGGGUUAUAUGAUGCUGGCUCUAGGUAUGGGGUCUUAUCGAACUGCUUUGUUUCAUUUGAUUACUCACGCUUAUUCUAAAGCGCUGUUGUUUUUAGGAUCUGGAUCCAUUAUUCAUUCAAUGGAAACUAUUGUUGGAUAUUCCCCAAAUAAAAGCCAGAAUCUGGUUCUUAGGGGGGGUUUAAGAAAACACGUACCAAUUACAAAAACAUCUUUUUUAUUAGGUACCCUUUCUCUUUGUGGUAUUCCACCUCUUGGCUGUUUUUGGUCAAAAGAUGAAAUUCUUACUGAUAGUUGGUUGUAUUCACCCAUUUUUGCAAUAAUAGCUUGUUCCACAGCGGGAUUAACCGCAUUUUAUAUGUUUCGGAUUUAUUUACUAACUUUUGAGGGCCAUUUAAAUGUUCAGUUUCAAACUUACAGUGGCAAUAAAUAGUUUGGUCUAUUCAAUAUCUUUAUGGGGUAGCGAAG